ACGUAUGGUACGUGCUACGGUACGCCACUUGUGACCAAGGGGGAAAAGCGCGGACAUUGAGAAUACUGGGGAAAUUGAACAGGAUCAUAACUUAAUUGAUUGCUGGAACAGAGUCCAAUUUCCUCUUCUCAUGUAAAGGCAUCAGGAGUUGUCUAACAUGGACAGAGAAUUAAGGUCAGGGAAGGAGAUUAAUGAGGACACGGUGCCUCAUCAUGGUGACACAGGACGUGUCUCCACAGAGGAAAUGGAAAGUGGAGGAAUUCCUCCCCUAGCAAAUAGGCCCAGGCCUGAUGAUGUCACAGCUGACAGCACAGGAGAGAUUGAGGAGGACACCGGCGGUAAGGUGGCUGAUGGGAAGGAGUCAGACCAGCCCCCUCGGGUUGAGGUGAACAUUACCCCGGAGACAGGUUACGGCUGUGCCUGUCCCAUCUGUGGCUUUGUAGCCAAAACUCCAACCGCCUUGAAGAUUCACUCCAAGAGGAAGCACACCGGUAGAGGAAAGACCAAGGGUGUGAGCUCAGCUGAGGUACUUGUUGAAAUAGAUGGCUCCACAACCGGAGCAACAGCACCGACAGGUGGAGACACUGAGGAGAAAGUGAGCAGCAGUGAGAGACAGCAGGAUGCCACAGAGAGUCAGAGCCAGGGCACAGAGCCAGGGGUUUCUGAGGGGGAGGUGACUACAAUAAUAGCCCAAGAGGAAAUUGCUGAGAAACAAGGGACAGGGAGAGAUACUUUUGAUAUGAAGGUGACUACAAUAGCUGCAGAAGAGGAGCAAGAAAAGACCCCCGGUAAGAAGAUAGUAGGUAAACGGGGCCCCAAGCCCAAGACUAUACAUGCUUGCAGCUACUGUGGUCACGAGUUUAGGGACAAGCCAAGCCUAGAUACACACAUCAAGAGACGCCACACCAAAGAGAUGAAUUACUUCUGUGAAUUCUGCUUGUACGCCUGUGUGGCAAAGUGCGACUACGAAAAGCACUGCCUUAGUAACAAGCACAACAAACGAGUCGCGGAAAGCAGGGAAUCCUCUGGCCUCGCGUCACCCACGGACAAGAAGACAGCCGAACAGGCUCAAAUCUUUGCCUCCACGACGACUCAGACCCGGGCGUCCAAGCGUGCGCUCGGUGCCAGGUUCCAGCUGCAGUGCGGGAGUUGCGAAUUCAGGGUCAGCAACUCUGCUUUGCUGGAGAGCCACGCUCGGCUAAAGCACCAUGGCGAGCAUCGCUUCCUCUGUAACGUAUGCCACUACUACACCGCUACCUCCGAGUGGAUGGACACGCACGUGUCCUCGGAGAGCCACCAGCAUGUGGCUGAGGAGAAAAACACAGGGUCCUCCUUUGAGGAGUGCGUUGAGAAGGUGAGCAGAGAUUCGAUCGGUGACGACAUGCUGACAGAUGACGUGGCAGUAGGGUUCACCGGACACGAUGGAGAGCUGCAACCUGAUGUUAACGAGGAAGCUGUUGAGGCUGCGAAAGUUGUGUUGGAGAACAUGGAAGAGCACAUGGACGAGAAAAGCCCCCCCAAGAGGAGAAGAGGCAGGCCAAAGGGGCCCGCUGCAACUACAUGUGAAUACUGUGGCCUUCUCGCCUCCAAUAGUACCAAUCUAAAUGUGCAUAUUCGUCGUAAGCACAGCCGGCAGUACAGCUUCACCUGCAGGCUUUGUUCUUACAACUGUGUGACGAAAGGCGACAUGGACCGACAUUGUGUCACAAAGAAGCACCUUAAACGCGUGGAGGAUGCUAGCAGUGAUGGCCAAGUGGACCUGGAUACAUCAGUGCAGGUCGUGAGUAAGGAGUCAGGCUCUCAGGCCAGCGAAGGUGAGGCUAUACAUCAUAAUAGUCCAGUCAGAGCAGGGUCCAAAGGAGAGGAGCGGGCCACGGACAAAACAGGGGAGCUGUCACAAGACGGCGUCAAAGCACAAGUGAGCAGCCCGAAAAAGAGCAAGUACGACUUGGUCAACUCCUGCAGCCAUUGCAGCUUCGUAGCUCAUUCGAUCCCCUCCCUCGACCUCCACGUGAAGAGGAGACACACCCGGGACUUUGAGUUUGUGUGCCUGGCGUGCAGCUACUACGCGGUCACGCGUCGAGAGAUGUCUCGCCACGCCGCCACGGACAAGCAUAAGCAGAAGAGUGAGGUCUACCUAGAGAACCUGGAGAGCUUUGUGGUGGAAGACCUGGCACAGCCGGAGGAGGAGACCAUGGAGCUGGGGAACAGAGCUGACCCUGAUGCUGACAACAAUGCUCACUCUGAGGAUCCCUCCCCCUUAGUGCCCCCUGACACAGACAUAGACCAGCCCACAGGCACAACUACAGACCAGCCUAACAUUAUAGACAUAGACCAGCCCCCUAUCAUCGCUACAGAACAACCCACAUACACAGAUACAGACCAACCCACAGAUACAGAGCAGCCCAACAACACAGACACAGACCAGCCCCCUAUCACCGAUACAGAGCAACCCACAGACACAGCUACAGAGCAACCCACAGACACAGCUACAGACACAGCUACAGACCAGCCCACAGACACAGCUACAGACCAGCCCACAGAUCAGCCCACAGACACAGCUACAGACCAUCCUACAGAUACAGCUACAGACCAGCCCACAGCUACAGACCCGCCCACAGACACAGCAACAGACCAGCCCACAGACACAGAGCAUAUUACCACUAACCCCACACAGACUUCUGAUGUUUGGAGCAAUGAGCAUGCAGCUACAAUAGUGGAAGUUAGUGGCACUGUUGUUGAGGAAAACACAGAGAUCCAGGUGGCUGGUGAGGCGUCCGGUGGUGACUCGGAGCAAACCAGCAACGAAGCUCCAGCAGAAAUCAUCAUAACACCGCCUGAGGAAGGCCAGAAGGAAGGGGCCGAACCCGAGGCGGAACCAGAGCUAUUCUGUUCAGACGACGAUGUUGAGAUGGCUGAUGAGAAACCUGACAUCUCUUCCCCAGAGAAACAGCUCACCAGGGCACUGCCGUUCGACGCUUGCAUCAUACCUCUCAAGUCCUUGACUGAAGCCGAGCUGGCUCUGCAUGAAGAACGCAUGGCUCACACUGUUGAGGGCCACUCUGGCAUGGCUGUAAGUGGCCUGGCCGGGGCGGGCAGUUUUCAGAAGAUCAAAAGAACCAAACCUGUAGGGUCUUCAGGUCUGUCCAAGGGGUUAACUCCCAACCCCCGCAUCCGCUGCGAGGACUGUGGCUUCGUGGCGGACGGCAUGAGCGGCCUCAAUGUGCACAUCUCCAUGAAGCACCCGUCCAAGGAGAAGCACUUCCACUGCAUGCUGUGCGGCAAGUCCUUCUACACGGAGAGCAACCUGCACCAGCACCUGACCAGCGCCGCCCACCUGCGCAACGAGCAGGCCAGCAUCGAGGAGCUUCCGGAGGGCGGCGCCACCUUCAAGUGUGUGAAGUGCACGGACCCGUUCGAGACGGAGCAGGAGCUGUUCGUGCACAUCAAGGAGAAGCACGAGGAGCUGUUGCGCGAGGUCAACAAGUACGUCCUGGAGGACACGGAGCAGAUCAACCGCGAGCGCGAGGAGAACCAGGGCAGCGUGUGUAAGCACUGCGGCAAGGUGUGCAAGAGCAGCAACUCCAUGGCCUUCCUGGCUCACAUCCGCACACACACAGGAUCGAAGCCAUUCAAGUGCAAAAUCUGCAACUUUGCCACCGCCCAGCUGGGUGACGCCAGGAACCACGUGAAGAGACAUCUGGGCAUGAGAGAGUACAAGUGCCACAUCUGUGGGUGGGCCUUUGUGAUGAAGAAGCACCUGAGCACUCACCUGUUGGGGAAACAUGGACUGGGCCAGCCCAAAGAGAGGAAGUUUGAGUGUGAUCUGUGCGACCGGUCGUUCAGUGAGAAGUGGGCUCUGAACAACCACAUGAAGCUGCAUACGGGGGACAAGCCCCAUAAGUGUGCCUGGCCUGCAUGCCACUACGCCUUCCUCACCCUGUCAGCCAUGAAAGACCACUACAGGACACACACGGGAGAGAAGUCCUUCCUGUGUGAUCUCUGUGGUUUUGCGGGUGGCACGCGACACGCCCUCACCAAACAUCGCCGCCAACACACAGGAGAACGGCCUUUCAAGUGUCAGCUGUGCGGCUUCGCCUCCACCACCCAGUCCCACUUGACCCGCCACAAGCGGGUGCACACAGGGGAGAAGCCCUACCGAUGCCCCUGGUGCGACUACAGAUCCAACUGUGCGGAGAACAUCCGAAAGCACAUCCUGCACACGGGGAAGCACGAGGGAGUGAAGAUGUACAACUGCCCCAAGUGUGACUACGGCACCAACGGCCCCAUGGACUUCAGGAACCAUCUGAAGGAGCAUCACCCCGACAUCGAGAACCCUGACCUGGCCUACCUGCACGCAGGUAUCGUGUCCAAGUCGUUCGAGUGUCGUCUAAAGGGCCAGGGAGCCACAUUCGUGGAGGUUGACACAGCGUUUGAUGGGGCCUUCCCGGUGCGGAGGGUGGGCUCCAUGGAGGGGCUGGAGGGCCAGGAGAGUGUCCAGCAGGUGAUUAUCAUCCAGGGUUACGGCGAUGGGGAGAUGGCCUUCGACCAGGCCCUGGAAGAGUCAGCUGCUGCCACCCUGAGGGACCUGGCCAUGGCGGGCCAGGUGGCCGAGGUGCUCCACAUCACCGAGGAUGGACAGGUCAUCUCCUCAGGGAGGGAGGUGUCGGCAGGCGGGGCACAUCACCUGGCCGGAGGCACCACCCAGUACGUCCUGCUGGAGUCCGGCGGGUCUGCAGCCGGAGGUGGAGGUCACGGGGGUCACGGGGGAAGGGCGAUGCACCAUCACAUGGUGUCGGAGUCAUCCACGGCUCUGGAUGCCCUCCUCAGUGCUGUCAGCGAGAUGGGCCAGCAGGAAGAAGACAGCCAAGAGGUCAUGACCCAGGAAGUUGUGUCAGAGGUCAUGGAGCGAGUGGAGGAGGAGGAGAUGGAGGUGGAGGUGAAGACAGAGGAGGAGGUGUGCGAGGAGCAGCAGGUGCAGGAGGAGCAGGUGGUCCAGGAGGUGCUGCAGUUUGCAGCCAGCCAGCUGAUGAUGAAGGAGGGGCUGACCCAGGUGAUCGUCAACGAUGAGGGGACCCACUACAUCGUGACGGAGCUGGAUGACAACACCCUCCAGGUGGAGGGGACCAUGUACACCCAGCAUCAGGGAGGGGAGGACGACCAGCAGAGUGAGGGCAUUUCAGAGGGCCAGGCUGGGGAGAGGAUGGUCUACUACCUGGAUGGAGCUCCACACAACGUGGUUCUAGAGAAGGUGGAGGUGGACUAGUCAGUGACUGUGGCAAGUUUCCUUGAUUCCUCGAGUCCUCUCUCCUCACCUCCUUCUCAAAAGCAGUUGGAUAAGAAGUUAUAGGGGAGUAACCUCUGAACUUUUCAUCCAUUGGGUUUUGAGGAGGAGGAGAGAGGAUGCAAGAAAUCAAGGAAAUGCAAUUGAGACUCUCCCUGUGUGAUGAACAAAUGUCCAGCUUAAAGCCCUUAAGAGUCUUUCCCUUUGUCUCUUUCAUGGAAAAUGUAAUUAUUUUUUUUACAUAGCUUUAUCUCCAUUUUGUAACGAUUUACUCAGGAUAACCUUGACAUCUAUGGAGUUAUAGUGAGGGGCGAAGUUUAUUGCUAACAUUAUUUAACAUAUGCAUCAUUUUACAGCCAAUCCCAGAAUUACCACUUGUUUUUGGAAUCAUGACUGGAAAUACAUAGGCUAUUUUCACAUGGUUCUAUUUUUUGAAAUGUGUUCAAUUACAAAAAUAAUAAUUUUAAGAUUACAUUUCCAGCAGGACAUUUUCCCAUUACCUAGAAAGACUUACAAUCUUUAAGUUGCAUGGUUUGGUUUUAUUGAAAGUUAGAGAAUAAUAACAGCUUUAUUUUCAAGGACAUUUUCACCCCAAAAAAUGAUAUUUUGGUGUUUGUUUAAUUAGUCCAUUAUUGAUACAGUCCCACAGGGUUUUGCAUGUCAUCAAUCACUUUUUGAAGAUAUAUAACUUUCGAAAUACAGAAAUACAGCCGGUGUGAUGCAUUUUGCAUCAUUAUGCAAAAUGCAGCAUCAUGUGGUAUGAAAUGCAUCAUUCCUGCUGUACUUCUGUAUUUUGAAAGUUACAUCUCUUGAAAACUUGAUUGCUGACAUGCAAAACAUUUCUGUACUAUAUCAACAAUGGACUAAUAAAACAAAUACCAAAAUAUCGUUUUUUGGGUGGAGUUUUCCUUUAAGUAGUGAUUUAAUUUGCAAUUAAAAAUGUAAUUUGUUUGUUUUGUUUGCUCAUUUAAAAAGGUACAUUAAUAGGUCAUGUUUUGAUAAGACCGGCUAUUACAACUUACCUUGCUGAAUCUCGGACCAAUAGUAUUUUGGACAUCGAAAAUAUCCAGGAGGCUGAUUGGUCUAAAUCCAGGGGCAGUCCAAUGAUUGGCUUUUCUUUCAGCAAUUGCUCAAUAUGGUCAGGGUGCUGAUUGGUCUGAAUCCAAGGGCAGUCCAUCUGUUUUUCAGGAUGUUCUCAAAAUGGCACGGUGCUGAGUUUCUGAUAAUCAUAAUUCAAUUCAAGUUGACAAGUAUUUUUGUUUCCAUUGGCUUUACUGCUCUCAGUCAAUGUAAAUAUAUGUUUCUGUAAAUGAAAUUGUAAUGAUACUGGCAUUUGAGUAAUGACAAUAAAGCUCAAUCUUCAUUUGGA